CAAAACAGGUUACAAGAGAAAGGAUGGAUCCAAAAGAAUAAGUGAUAAGAUGAAGAAGAAGCAUAACCAUACAUACACCCAACUCAUCUUCUACUAUCCUCCAUCUUCAACCUUCCCCUUUAUCCAAACCAACAAUGGCAUCAUCAUCAACCCUCCAAUUCAACUUACCCAACAACCACCCUCUCAAUUCAUCUAAGCCCCCUCUUCUUCAUCAUCAUCAUCUUUCCUUCUCUAGACUCAAGAAAAUCAGAGCCGUUCAAACUUCAAACGACGCCCAACCAGCACCUCCACAAGAAGAACCUGCUGCUGUCAACUUCGCAUUUGUCAGUCCGGUUUUGCUUCCCGAUGGAACGCCGGACGUGCAUUAUCGUAGGGCUUGUGGAGGUCAGAAACUUAGGGACGUAAUGUUGGAUAACGACGUCGAACUCUACGGUCCAUAUGCUAGACCUCUGCUGAAUUGUGGGGGAGGAGGAACUUGUGGGACUUGCAUUGUUGAGGUUGUUGAAGGAAAGGAGUUGUUAAGCCCUCGCACAGACAAAGAAAAGGAAAAGCUCAAAAGGAAUCCCAAGAACUGGAGACUUGCUUGUCAGACCACCGUUGGUAGACCAGAUUCCAGAGGAGUGGUUGUGAUCCAACAGCUUCCUGAAUGGAAAGCGCAUCAAUGGACUUACGGGAAAGAGCCUCCUGAAGAUGAGAUUCAGACCGUUUAUGUAUGAAUAAAUGUAUAUUAAUUAAUUAAAUAAUUGAUUACGAUGUUAUUUCGAGUUUA